UCCAUCCCUACAAGAUGUCUUGCUAUGAUCUGUGCCCCACCUACAGCAGUGGCAUCAGCUGCCCCCAGCCCAUCGCCAACAGCUGCAAUGAGCCCUGUGUCCGGCAGUGCCCUGACUCCACGACCGUGAUACAGCCACCCCCCGCUGUCGUCACCUUCCCCGGCCCCAUCCUCAGCUCCUUCCCCCAGGAUUCAGUUGUGGGAUCCUCCGGAGCACCCGUCUUUGGGGGCUUUGGGGGCUCUUCCCUGGGCUACGGGGGUCUGUAUGGCUCUGGGGGCUCUUCCCUGGGCUAUGGGGGCCUGUAUGGCUCUGGGGGCUCUUCCCUGGGCUAUGGGGGCUUGUAUGGCUAUGGAGGCUCUUCCCUGGGUUACCGGGGCCUGUCUGGCUAUGGUAGAUCCUUUGGUUCUGGCUAUUGCAGCCCUUACACCUACCGGUACAACAGAUACCGCCGUGGAAGCUGUGGGCCAUGCUAA